AUCUGACGAUUUGCUGGUAUUGUUAUGACAAGCGAGAUAAAUUUCAGGACAAGUCCGACUGUGUUGUCUAUGGAGAAUGUUAUCAACGUUGCCGAUUGUUGUCGGGCCUGUUUGAGAAAUGACUGCCCAUUAACCCCAACUAAUGCCCAAGAUAGUGAUUCGAUUAAGUUUUGCGAUAAGUUGUUUGCUUGUGUACAGGAAAUAAUUUGGCAGAAGGAUAAUAUUUCCACCUUACUAUGUACAAAUUGCAUCGACCGCCUUAGAAUAUCCUAUGACUUUCGGAUAGUGUGUCUCAACUCAGAUCAAACUCUACAAAGGUUUUUAGCGAAUCCACACGAAGACAAAAGAAUAUUAACAACCCCCACAAAGUUUGAUUUUACCAUACCAACUACCACACAUGAAACAAUAAAUGGGAUAAUAGAAGACCCCCAAAACACUGAGUACAUACAUUUAAAACAUUUUCUUGAUAAUGAAGAAGAAUUAAACAAACCAGAUGAACUUGGUGAUGUUAACUCGAGAAGUACAACUCCAGAAAACACGACCACAGAGUAUCUUGCAACAAGCAACCAGCAAAUUCAACACAUACAAACCGAACAAAUUCAUCACCAUGUCGAAAUUCAAACUCAGCAAAUUCAGAAUGCUCCAGUUCUUAUAGAAACUCUUAAAUCCACCAAUGUUAUACUGCAGAGCGACGUUAAAAAUUAUGUGGGGCAGAAUGUACAAAUCAGUCAGAUCGAUAAUCAAAUUGCCCAUCAACUUCAGCCAAUACAGAUUCAGGUGCAAGAAACAGUACAGCAACCUGCUCCCACUGUUGUGGUGCCCAGGCAGGUUAUAAAAAGAACAACAGGCAUUCAGUGUAGACCGCUGACGCCCGAUCCUGUCGCGCCCCAAACGAAGCAGUUUAAGUGCAACGUGUGCGGCAAAGACUAUCGCAAGAACGCCAACCUGCGAAUCCACAUGCGAACGCAUACCGGCGAAAAGCCGUUCGAGUGCAAGUACUGCGAGAAACGCUUCUACCACUCCUCGCAUCUCAGGGAACACAUACGCAGGCACACCGGCGAAAAGCCCUUCAUGUGCGCCGUGUGCAACAAGAGAUUCACUAUUAAAGGCGAGCUCACGAUGCACAUGAAAAGUCACACGGGCGAAAAACCGUACGCGUGCACUUGCUGCGAACGGCGUUGCCUGACCGCUGCCGAUCUCAAGGUGCACAUGCGCACGCACACGGGCGAGAAACCGUUCGGGUGCGACACGUGCGGCAAGAAGUUCGCCAGCACCUACAUCCUGAACUCGCACAUCAAAACGCACACCGGCGAACGGCCGUACUCGUGCACGGUGUGCGAGAAAACCUUCACGCAGUCGUCGCACCUCAACGUGCACAUGCGCAAACACACCGGAGAAAAGGUGAGCUGUAAGCAGUGCGACGCGAAGUUCACGCACUCCUCGCAGCUGACGGUGCACAUGCGCGAGCACACCGGCAAGCAGCCCUACAAGUGCACCAUGUGCGACAAGGUGUGCAACUACGCGUCCGAGCUGCAAACGCAUCUCAUGAAACACACGGGCGAAAAGUUUACGUGCGUCACUUGCGACAAGAAGUUCACCACCGCCGCGUAUCUGCAGGAACACACUAGGACGCAUACCGGAGAGAACUUGUCCACUUGUACCAUAUGCGAUAGGCAAUUUACUCGACACCAGUACCUGGAGAAGCACAUGCGCACUCACACCGGCGAGAAGCCGUACGUGUGUUUCAUAUGCGGGAAAAAGUUCACGCAAUCGUCGAGCCUCACGGUUCACAUACGCAUACACACCGGGGAAAAACCUUACGCGUGCACGCUGUGCGACAGAAAGUUCACCACCUCUUCGGAUCUCUCGAUGCACAGCAAGAAACAUAAAAAGUACAUCGAUCUUUGAGAGGAUCAAAUCGCACAUGUGGAUUUUAGGUAAGAGUUUUCCAAGUAUGUACUAGGUAUCUAGUCAUGUCAUCAAUUGUGUCCCUAAUUUAAAGUUGAGCCGUUCAUUUGAACAUUAACAAAUGUGUAUACUAAGGAGCAAAUAGCUGCUAAAAGUUUGGUGCUAAAAUGAAAAUAUUUUAUAUUUAUUGAUUUUGGGAGACUGCUAUUUGCUGCCUAUACUUUGAUGUGUUCCAUUUGAAUUUAGAAAACUGCUUGAUUAAAAAAUUGAAGUAAGGAUUUUUUAAAACUAUAUUGCCUAAAUUCAAAUGGCAUAUUUUCCUAUUAACAGGUGAACUAACCUACAUCUAAACCCUAUUAUAUAUUAUAUAUAAGACUGCUUUAAAAUAUCUAAUUGCCCCUUUAAAAAUAAUUAAACACGAUCUCGUUUAUUCUUAAAAGUCCCAAAUAAAAAAUGCUUGCUAUAGAACCAAUAAGAAUAAAAAUAAUUUAUUGUAUGUACUCAUUUAUUGUAGGUAUGUAAUUUGUAAUAAAGAUUAAUUUAUUUCAUUGAAAAUCGUCCAAAUUUUUAUGUAUUUUAAAUAAAU